AAGAUUUCACGGCCCUCUCUUGGAAAGAAUGCAGAGCCUCGGUUUUACAUUUUUGGCAUUGUUAUCUAGUGUUGACAGUUGUUUGUACACAAUUCGUAUGUGAUUAUAAAUGUAGUUUUAAUUUUACGCAAAGUUCUUCUGAGUGAGACAACUUUAUAACUUGUUUUUUUCUUCCCUAAUUUUCAACUGUUUCAGUGAGCGCCGCUUCAUUUGGAUCUCUCCACGUUUCUUCAGGAGGACUUUAUACUGUGCGGUAGUGUGCAAACCGGCGCACAUGCACUUGCAGAGAUAAAUUUAGCAGGAGCUGAAUCGGCAAAUGAUUGUGUGUUUGUUUCAUAGCACGGGCGCGUUACUUCUUAUGCAAGUAAUACUGGCAAAAACAGGGAGCUAAAUGCGGAAAGCCACUAACUCCUGAUGCCGCACACUUGAUUCACUAAGAGACCAUCAGCCUUCCAUCGAUGUACGUCUUGUGAUGUACAUUAGAAAAGUAUUUGAAGAUGACGGUGACUUAUUCCAGUAAGGUUGCCAACGCCACGUUCUUCGGCUUUCAUAGAUUAUUACUACGCUGGAGGGGCAGCAUCUACAAACUUCUUUAUCGGGAAUUCAUCGUUUUUGCGAUUUUAUACACCAUUCUAAGCAUCGUGUACAGACUCUUUCUUACAGAUACGCAGAAACUUUACUUUGAAAAGCUGUCGCUAUACUGUGACAGGUAUGCUGAGCAGAUCCCCGUGACGUUUGUGCUGGGUUUCUAUGUAACAUUGGUGGUGAAUCGCUGGUGGAACCAGUUUGUGAACCUACCAUGGCCAGACCGGCUGAUGUUCCUCAUCUCUAGCUGCGUACAGGGCCGGGACGAGCAGGGCCGCCUGCUCCGACGCACGCUGGUGCGCUACGUGAACCUCACCUCCCUGCUCAUCUUCCGCUCUGUCAGCACGGCAGCCUGCAAGCGCUUUCCCACCAUGGACCACGUGGUGGAGGCAGGCUUCAUGACGCCCGAGGAGAGGAAGAUCUUUGAGAACCUCAAGUCCCCCCAUCUCAAAUAUUGGGUGCCAGUGGUGUGGUUCACCAACCUGGCCUCCAAGGCACGGAAGGAAGGCCGCAUCCAGGACAGCGUGGACUUGCAAACCAUCCUUACUGAAAUGAACAAGUUCAGGACAUGGUGCUCCACUCUGUUUGGCUACGACUGGGUGGGAAUUCCUCUGGUCUACACACAGGUGGUGACCCUGGCAGUCUACACCUUCUUUUUCGCCUGCAUCAUUGGACGGCAGUUUCUGGACCCUGGACGUGGUUAUCCAGGCCAUGACCUGGACCUCUAUGUGCCCAUCUUCACCCUGCUGCAGUUCUUCUUCUACUCCGGCUGGCUAAAGGUGGCAGAGCAGCUGAUUAACCCCUUCGGGGAGGAUGAUGAUGACUUUGAAGUCAACUGGUGCAUCGACAGAAACUUGCAGGUAUCCCUGAUGGCCGUGGACGAGAUGCACAUGAACAUUCCCCGCAUGACCAAGGACAUCUACUGGAACGAUUCGAAUGUGCGACCUCCAUAUACUCUGGCUGCAGCUGACUACUGCAUCCCCUCGUUCCUAGGGUCCACCAUUGGGCUGUCGGAGGUGCUGCAGCAUGAGGAUAUGGACAAUCGGGACCAGAGGAACCGGCGCCAGGAGUCAGUUCUUGGCCGGGUGAGACGGCUGCUGAGCUCCCAGGAGCCAAACGACUUGGGCCACGCGAGACCCGCGUAUAAGCGCCAUAGCAGCGACAUGUCCAGCGUCUUCUUCCCUUUCAAUCCAGAGGUCCGGGGCCACCUGGGACAUGAGGAAGCUGGCCACCUAAGGCACAACUUUCCAAAUUCUCACCUGGUCCACAACCAGUCACCUACCGAGAUGCUGGCACCAUUACAGGAGGUGACCAGCAGCCUUUCAUCUCCUGACUCUCCUAUCCACAUCAACUUGCCCACAGUGGUGAUCACCCCCCCUGAUCCUACUCCGCCUAAUCGAUCGUUAGCGAAUUCCCAGAGCAGCUUGGUCAUGCCCUCUGACGUCGGCACCGAAACCACACUAGAACCAAACCAGAUCUUGACAUGCCAGAGCCCUUUGGAGGAGAAUGCCGGUGAAGAAGCUCUGGUACAGGAUCCCCUCAUGGAUUACAAUCUCACAGAGGUGGGACUCAAGAAGUUCCGCUGGAGCAUUCCUGUCGACCGAUGGACCCAAGACUCCGACGACUCUUCGUGCAACCUGCCGAGCCCCAAGGGUUUAGUGAGGAAGAGAGGCCUGAGUACGGCCCACCACUAUGAGAAGAAGGAUGGCGAAAGUGGAGAACCUCGGCACACACGGCCAAGCUUAGAGAGCAGCAGCCUGACGUCCAGCAGUGAGGAGAACCUGGAAGCGAUCAAGCAGCAAACCAAAGAGGACACUUCAGGGGCCUAACAUACACACACACGAAAUAGCCUUGGGAAAAGUAGGUUUAUCCAGUGCUCCGUUAUAUUAUUUUUAUAUUUUCGUUACAAAUUAUGAUGUUUUUCUGUCUUUUGUCACCAAAUUAAAAACUUUGUGCUCCACCAGGA